AGCGGCGGAGCGGAGCGGAUCGCGAAGCGAGAGCAAAACGUAGCUUUCCCUCCGGAGAGAGUGGGUUUGUAGCGCUGGCCGUGGUGGUUUGACGGUAAGUGGCGGCGGAUCGCCGUCGAACGUCUUCGUCGCCGACGUUCGCGCCGGAUCUGUCUGCUCCCGUUUCGCGCGCGCCGGCGAAGCGACAAGUUCGAGAGGAGCCAGCGGCGGGCAUCUCCAGGCCUCUUCGCAGGAUCGUCAGCAGGGACGUCCUCAGGAUGAUGAUGAUGAUGAUGCGGACGCUAUAGCGACGAAUGCAGGAGUGAGGGGAGUGCACCGUUGUGCGUGAGACGGAACUGCGAGACUGCGCAUUUCGAGUUGUUCUUUCUACUGCGAGUUUUAUACGGGCGAGUGGUAUAUCAUCUGCGCCCAAGUGCCCCGGCGGGGAUCUACGUCUUGCGGUGAAGACGGCAGUGACCGCCCUCCGACAGUCCUGGAUUCUACGGACGUCGUCGAAAGGUGUACGAGAAAAGAGAGAGAUAAAAAAAAAAAGUCCAGCUGCUCAUUAAGUGAGGUGUGGGUCGAAGUUUGGAAUCCGUGAUAUUGGAGUACUUUCUGCGACUUCCGUAACCUUUACCCGCAAAAGACCUUGCAUAUCAACGAGGGCUUGCUCUCCUGCUUCUGACUGUUGGCUGGCCUGCAAAUUAAGCGGGCGUGCCAAGGAACAAAGAUGGCGGCGAAGCUUUCGCUCUUCGCCGCCCUGCUGCUGGCGGCGCUGGCAUCGUGGCCCGAACUGUGCCAAUCGAAAACCCACGCGCGCGAGUCGCGGUCACGUGACCGCCUCUAACGCAGGUCAAUGCGACAAGAAGCUACUGCCCACACGGAGCGUGGUGUGCUACACACGGCCAGACGACCCGCACUUCGACCUGUCGCAGCUGAACCCCUGCCUCUGUACGCACGUCGUCUACGGGACGCUCCAGAUAAAGGAGGACCUCUCGCUGGGACCCUUCCUCUACGGCAACCUGACGGCUCUGGGCACUCUCCGCCGCCGUAACCGGCGGCUGGUGCCCAUGGUUGAGCUGCGCGGUCUGGACCACGUGGAGCAGGUCCCGAACGAGGAACAGCUGGUGCACCUGGCGCAGCAGGUCUCCCACACGGUGGCCCCGACCGGACCCCGUGGUCUGGACGUCGACUACCAGCUGCACGGCGUUGACUACCAGGUGGCCAUGGAACAGAGACCCGUGCUGGGACAGUUCCUGCACCACUUCCGGCAAGAGACGCCCAUCCGCAACCCGGUCGUGACGGUGACCGUGGCCAAGGAGCCCCACCUCGUGAACCACGCCUACGACUUCAGGACGCUGGUCAGGAACGCGGACUUUGUGAACGUGCCGGCCUUCAUGUUCCACGACGGGCAGCCCGAGUAUGCCUCGCACCCUGCACCACUCCAUGGAGACAGGGGGGCCAUGGACAAUACGGACUCCCUGGUGAACCUGGUGCUGGCGAUGGGCGUGCCCCGGCAGAAGGUGGUGGUGGGCGUCCCCAUGUUCGGCAUGACCUACCGGCUGGCAGACCCAAACAUCGCGGCCAUCGGGGCUCCGCUGUACCACGGGCACGGCGACUCCUACCAGUUCAACCACCCGCAGUUCUGUGCCCUGCAACACAACCUGAAAUUCAGCGUCGAGCGCGACGCCGAUCUGACGGCUCCCUACGCAGUCAGCGGAGACGCCUUCAUGGGAUUUGAGGACGAGCUCAGCUUGAGGCUCAAGGGCAAGUACAUUCAGGUACAGGACCUGGGCGGCGCAUACGCGUACGCCGUCAACGACGACGACACCCGCGCCGUGUGCGGCCAGGGCAACUUCCCGCUGCUGCACAGCCUGCACGAGGGCAUCACCGGCGUGGUGCACGGCGCCGGCGGCGGACAGAUCGAGUACUUGCCCACCAACACCGAGACGCGCAUCGUGCGCAUCGUCGACCAGCAGGGACACAACCUGCACGUCGAGGGUCUCAACUCGUACAGCGUCGCCGGGUUCACGUGCACGCGCGCCGGCUCGUACCGGCACCCGGGAGACUGCUCCAAGUUCUUCCGGUGCGUCAAGUACGACCAGCGGAAGCACGAGUACACCGUGUUCAUCUUCGACUGCCCGCCGGGACUCGUGUUCGACGAGAAGAUCGAGGUCUGCAACUGGCCCUCGUGGUCCGAGUCCUGCCAUGGCUCCGGCGAGGUCGCCGCCACGCCCAAGUCGGCCUUCCACUGCCCCGGUCUCGGCUACUACCAGGACCCCGAGAACUGCCGCCACUUCUACUUCUGCGACGACGCCCACGAAAACGGCACGCUCACGGCGUUCGACAUGCGCUGUCCCUACGGCCUCGGCUUCGACCCCAACACCUUCAGCUGCAACUACCAGGCGGUCACUCCCGGCUGCAAGGGCUACUCGGGCGUCGUCCAGCAGGCUCUCUUCGGACCGUCCCUGUACGGCCCGGGCGAGUUCUACCACACCCCCAGGGGCGCGCCCGCCGUUCCUGGAGGCGUUCCCCUGCUUCCCGCGCAAGCCCAGAGACCCCAACCGCUGGGCCUGCACGGCGUCUCGGUCGCAAGCGGCGUCAUCCCGUCAGAGAUCCACCUGCAGGCAUCGCCUACAGCCCAUCAGCAGAUCCACCCCAUUGUCAAGAAGAGCGCCUUCCACCGGCCAUCGCACGUUCAGACCAGGGACAUUCCGACUCACUUCCUGUCUGCGGCCGACCUACAGGGAGCGCUAGGGUCGCAUUACCCCGAGAUUCAAAUCGAAGCUCGCGUCAUCCAGUCUCCCGGCGACAUUCAUGGACAGGGCCUCUACUACGGACAGCAGGUCUACUCGCCGCAGCUGUACGAACAAGCACCGCAGCCUGCACAUGUUCCCAAGCCGACCAACGGUUACGGCGGUCUUCCGGUGACCGUGCCUCAGGGAACUCAAUCUCCGCUGCUACAGCAGCCCGGCACCACCGUCUACGGACAAGGCACUUACGGUGGUCAGCAGCAACCCGGCACACCCGUCUACGGACAAGGAACUUACGGCGCCGGCGGCCAGCUGCCGCCAGGAACGUACAGGAUACCCAAUGUCAACAUUCCGCCACCACCUCCACCCCCACCGAAGUUCCAGCUGCCGGGCGUCCAGUACGGACCGCCGGAGGUGCAGAGAAACUUCGACCACACGCUUUCGAACCUCUACCGCACCCACAUCGUCCACGGUCCCGGCUCGAGCGCGGCGUUCAUCCCAGGACCACCGCAGCUUCCUCAUUACUUCAGGCCGUACCAAGAAGUCCCCAGGGCGUUGUCCUACGCGCCGCAGCUCGACGCCGGCUUGAGGACGCUGUCAGGGCCUUACAGCAGUUACAUGAGGUACAACCCAGCCACGUCCUUCUACGGAGGCUACGCCGGCACCUACGAACGCAAGGCCUUCUCGCCGCCGCUCGUCCGACCGUCGUCGCGCAUCCGCUACGAGACGCUGCCGCCCGCGCCCCAGUACACCGGCUCUCCGGACGACUCGUACUUCGCCACGCAGAAGCCGCAGGGCGGAACCAACUCCUUCAUCUUCGGCAACCAGCCCGAACCACAGCCGCCCCGCUACAACGGCCUCACGCAAGUAGUGAGGACUAGGCUGCCCUUCGGCUCGGCCAACGUCUACCUCUUCAACCCACUGACCUACAUGAACACGAACUUCCGGAGUGGAGUGACCAUGUUCGGUACCAACUACCUCUUCGGAGACAGCCACCACAUGUUCCCACUGAAGCAGCCGGAGCCACCGAAACCCACGGUACCGACGCUGCCGCCCACGAGACCUCUCAGCUUCGUGCCCAAGCUGCCGGAGACGCGAACAGUUCCGCCUCUGGGCGUUGGUUAUGGCGGUCCGGGAGGAACUCGGUUCACGUACACGACUCCGCCACCACCUCUCAGGAAGGAGGACGACGACGAGCUGAUCUCCCUGGACGCCCUGACCAACACCAGGAGCCGACCGCCGGUUCCGGCGCCACCCGCGCCCCUGGGACAGCCGCCGCUCGCCGCGCAGUUUCCCACCUACGCGUCUGACCCCUCGCUCCAGUUUCCGCCGGCUCCCCCGCAAAAGCCCUCGUUCUCCUUCUCCCCGGGACAGAACCUUCCUGUCGGUCGCGUCCAGACGCCCCUCCCCACGCUCCAGCCGGCCGGCCAGAUCCCAACUUUCGCGGCCCUGGCUCCGAAACCUCCGGCACCAACCGUGCCACUCCCCAGACCCGUACCGCCCACCGUCGCUGCCCAAACACGAAGGCCACCACUGCCUCCUCCGCCACCACCACCGCCGCCGCCACCUCCAAGACCCACGUACACUGUGCCGAUCUCCCAGCCACCCACGCCUCCGGCUCCGGCCGUCUUCUCGUCGCCAGCCGCUGCCCCACCCGCUCCUGCACCCGUUCCCACUAAGCCUACUACGCCUAGACUCCCGCCACCACCUCCACCACCACCACCAACCACCACCACCACGACGGGCAGCAUCAGCAAGCCUCCUGCCCGGUACUCCGUCAACAAGCUCGUCGUCGACGAGCCCGACCCGCUCAUCACCAACGUCAAGCCCAUCCUGCACACGGCGCCGCUCGACGACCCACCGCAGUCCAUCAUCCAGGAGCUGCGACAGGUCCUCGGCAGGAUGCGCCCCGGCAGCUACAACAGCCCGGUCAUCACGCCGAUCGAACAGCUCCUCGAAGAGGAAGACGACCAGGCCGUCAAGCUCAUCGUCUCCGACAAGGGUCCGCCCGAGCUCCCGCACGCCGGACCUCGCGUUCUCGACAAGCCCGCGAACCCCGUCGAUAUCCUCGACCCGCAGCUGCUCGCGCACACGGUCCAGAAGCCCCUGUCCGCCCAGCAAUCCGACGCCACCGUGGAGGACAGCCCGCCCCCAGACAAGUCAUCGAUAUUCCUCAAGGGAAAGACCCUGGUCAAGAACAUCCAGUCGACCAACAGCGUGCCGGCCGAUGGCUUGCAGCAGGAGCUCAAGGACAAGGCGUCCAAGAUGUCCACCAUACCGGAGGCGGCCUGCACCCGUGUCGGCCUGUUCAGGCACCCGACCGACUGCAGCCGCUUCUACGAGUGCUACUACGACAAGUGGCUGCAGAAGUACACGGUGCACGAGUUCGAGUGCCCCAUCAAGCUCGCCUUCGACAGCUCGGUGUCGGCGUGCAGCUCCGACGGCUACGACAAGCUCUGCAGCAGGAAGGCUGCCGCCAAGGCGUAGUGAACAAACAAGUGCUGCGCGCACUGCAUUGUUGGAGGGAACGAGUGCAAUCGCUCUGUACAUUGUCAUCCGCGCACAUACACAUGGUCACAAUGAACGUGUCACAGCACGGAGGAAUGCACAGAAAGGAAAUAUUCGCGGUUG